AUGCUGAACAUCAAAUCGAUCUCAACCCUCCUUCUCCUUGCCAGCUCCUCCCUCCUCGUGGCUGCUCGUCCGGGAGAGUAUCCCACGGACAAGUACCCUACCGACAAGUACCCCACCGACAAAUACCCCACCGACAAAUAUCCCACCGACAAAUAUCCCACCGACAAAUAUCCCACCGACAAAUAUCCCACCGACAAAUAUCCCAUCGACAAAUAUCCUACUCACAAGUAUCCCGUUGACGACAAGCAUCCCACCGACAAAUAUCCCACCGACAAAUAUCCCACCGACAAAUAUCCCACCGACAAAUAUCCCACCGACAAAUAUCCCACCGACAAAUACCCUACUCACAAGUAUCCCGUUGACGACAAGCACCCUAUUGAUAAGUACCCUACUCAUAAGAAGCCCAAGCCACAUCCCGCCCCCGUCUGCGGCACCUGCAACCCUAUCUCGGGCCAGAACCACUGUGAUAUAACCACUUCCUGCAUCAACACGGGCAAGCGCUUCCACUGUGCCUGCCGGGCUGGCUACAAGGCCAGCAAGGACAACGACAACAUCAACAAGCAAUUCCGUCUGCCAUUCAAGAACUUCGAGUACCUCGUCUUCACUCCCGAAUCUACCGAGUGCAAGAUCCUUUGCGACGAUAACACGAAGCCGGCCAAUGAGCUUUGCCAAGAGGUUCCGCUUUAUCAACAAUGCGAGGCAUAA